AUGCCUAAAGAUAUCGGCGCUUACUUGGCUGAACAACAACGGAAUAGCUCAGGACAAACAACUCUUAAAUGGACAGAACUAGAAGAACUGUAUAACAAAAAACUCUGGCAUCAACUUACACUAAAGUUGCUAGAUUUUGUGCAGGAUCCAAUUUUCAACAAAGGCGAUGGCCUCAUCCGUCUCUAUGAAAAUUUUAUAUCAGAUUUUGAGCACAGGAUUAACUCUUUGGCAUUAGUGGAGAUUGUCAUCCUUGUUGUUAAGCAAGUCACUGAUCCAAACAAAGCUGUUGAAUUUCUUGAGAAAAUUCAAGAGAAGGUAAAAUCCAAUGAGGAAGCAAAGAUUUUGGUACAGACCACCAUAGCAACUCUAAAAUUGAAAAACAACCAACUUGAAGAAACUAAAAAAAUUAUUGAAGAAACUCGAGAACUUUUAGAAAGCCUUGAUGGAGUCACCACAGUGCAUAGCCGCUUUUACAACUUGUCCAGUUCUUACCAACACAUCAUCAAGAACCAUGCUGACUACUACAAGGAUGCACUGCGUUUCUUAGGAUGUACAAAGAUAGAAGAUAUUCCUCUUGAGGAUCAACGACAGAGAGCUUAUCAUUUAGGGAUUGCUGCUCUGCUUGGUAAUGGAGUUUACAAUUUUGGAGAAUUGUUGGCCCACCCUGUUCUGAACAGUUUGAGUGGCACCAACAGAGAAUGGCUUGUCCAGAUGUUGUAUGCUUUUAAUAGUGGAAAUUUGGUCAAAUUUGAGAACCUCAAAAAUUCAUGGAUGGGUGUGCCUGAACUUGUGAGUGAAGAAGUAGCUCUUAAACAAAAGAUUCGUCUCCUCUGUUUAAUGGAAAUGACAUUCAGUCGUCCUGCCACUAACCGUCAACUGACAUUUAAGGAAAUUGCUAAGGAAGCUAACUUACCUAUCCAUGAGGUUGAACCUCUGGUGAUGAAAGCAUUAAGUUUAGGCUUAGUGCGUGGAUUCAUUGAUCAAGUGGAUGAGAAGGUGUACAUGACCUGGGUACAACCGAGAGUAUUGGAUUUAGCACAGAUUUCCACCAUGCAGAAACGGUUGGUUCAAUGGAGCAAGGAUGUAAACCAAAUGGAGAAUCUUCUGGAAGACAGAGCUCAUGAUAUCCUCACUUGA